AUGCAGCUGUAUCGCCUCGGGCUGCUGGUCGCCUCCUUGGUGACCUCUAUUGGAGCAGAGUCAACCUUCUCGCCUGCCCGCCCCCAGCUAUACCUCUGGCAGUUAGGUCCCCGUAUCUUAGCACUUGGCUCGAUGCAGGAAAGGACGGUGGUAAUGGCGGUUAUUUGGCUGGCCAAUGGCCUGUCUUCUGGCAGUAUGUUGAUUAUUCGCUUCAGUUGUAACUCGACGCGACCCAUGAUAUUAACCUUGGACAGAAACCAAGUGACUGCGUGGACAGGUAUGAUCCGUGUCGAUGGCAAUACCUAUACUUGGAUGGGGCUGCCCGGGACCAAGACUGUCAAUCAGACUGCAUUUGAGUAUACUUCAACGAAGAGCAUUUUCACUAUGAACGUGGAAAACAAGCUUGAGAUGAACAUUACUUUCUUGUCGCCUGUUACACCCAACGACUUCAAGCGCCAGUCACUCGUUUUCUCUUAUCUCAAUGUCGAGGUUUCUUCCCUUGACGGACAAAACCACGAUGUACAGGUCUACGCGGAUAUCUCAGCAGAAUGGGUAUCGGGCGACCGAAAUGCUAUCGCAGAAUGGGAGUAUGGAACUACUGACGGUGUUGCCUACCACAAGGUACACAGACAGACUCCACUGGCAUUUUCCCAAGUCAACGAGCAAAGCGAAUGGGGCAAUUGGUACUGGGCCACCGAUGACUCGAAGAGCAUGACAUAUCAGUCUGGGCCAGAUACCGACGUCCGUGGAAAGUUCUCGACAGAUGGAAAACUCACCAAUGGACGCGACACGAAUUUCCGCGCUAUUUCUUCUAGUUGGCCCGUGUUUGCGUUCUCAUCAGAUCUGGGCCCAGUCAGCUCUUCGCCUGUCAGCACCCUCUUCUCACUUGGACUCACGCAGGAUGAAGCUAUUCAGUAUGAAGGUGCUUCGGAUUAUGGCCCAGUUCCGUCCUUAUGGAAGAGCUACUUCGAUACCGAGUUGGCUGCACUUUCUUUCUUCCACCAAGAUUACGAAGAGUCCAGCAAGCUUGCAAGCAGCUUUGAUAGCAGGGUGGCCGAAGACUCGAUUGCCACAGCUGGUCAGGACUAUCUCACUAUUACUUCGCUGUCAGUUCGACAGGCUUUCGGCGGUACCCAGCUUUGUGGUACAAAGGAGAAAAUGUAUCUGUUCCUGAAGGAAAUCUCUUCUGAUGGCAACAUGAAUACCGUCGACGUUGUCUUCCCAGCGUACCCUAUUUUCCUAUACACCAAUCCCGAAUUCCUGAAGCUCGUCCUUGACCCUCUUUUUGAGAACCAGGAGGCUGGAAAAUACCCCAACGACUAUUCUAUGCACGAUCUCGGCUCAUCUUACCCCAAUGCUACCGGUCACUCCGAUGGCACCGACGAGAAGAUGCCCUUGGAAGAGUGUGGAAACAUGCUCAUCAUGACUUUGGCUUACGUGCAGAAAUCCGGUGACACUCAUUUCCUGACCGACCACUACACUCUGCUCAAGCAAUGGACCAGUUAUUUGGUUGAGGACUCCCUGUACCCUGCAAACCAGAUCUCUACUGAUGAUUUUGCUGGCUCCCUGGCCAACCAAACCAACCUCGCACUCAAGGGCAUGAUCGGUAUUCAGGCCAUGUCAGUCAUUGCUAACCUGACUGGCCACGACGAUGAUGCUUCUAAAUACUCGCGCAUUGCCAAUCGCUACAUCAGCAAGUGGGAGGACCUAGCCAUUGCCAAGGACGCCAACCCUCCCCGAACGACCUUGUCAUACGGCGAUACCGCCAGCCAUGGCUUGCUCUACAAUCUCUUUGCCGAUGUCCAGUUGGGCCUAGGUCUCGUUCCAAAUUCUGUUUAUCAGAUGCAGAGCGACUUCUACCCAACCGUUGAAAACAAAUACGGCGUACCUCUCGACACUCGCCAUACAUAUACCAAAGGUGACUGGGAGUGCUUCGCAGCGGCAGUGAGCUCGGUCGAAACUCGGGCUAUGUUCAUCAAGGAUCUGGCAACCUGGAUCAACGAGACACCAACCAACCGAGCGCUGACUGACUUGUACGACACUAUUUCAGGAGAUUAUCCUCAAAAUACUUUCGUCGCUCGUCCCGUCAUGGGUGGUUCCUUCGCUCCCCUCCUCGUCCGCUAG